ACUACCCGCGAGCCGGCGCGGGCAACACCUGUUCCACGCCAGCCAGGGCGGCACACGAGCUCCCGGACGCGGCUCUUCUCUGCUCGCUGCUCUCCACUCAUUCUGAGCCAAUGGACAUCCGCAGAUCCGCUGGAGCGUUCUGGAUAUCAGCUUCGGACGCCUGAAGUUUUUUUUUUCUUCCUCCUUUUUUGUUUUUUAAAAUUAUUAUUUUUGGAGGGAGAAACCGGGUGGGGAGAUUUGGCUUCGCCAAGAACGUGAGAUUUCCGCCCCCCCCUCCCUUCCUCCUCUUGAAGGAUUCAUGCUGAUGUCUGCAGAGUCUGAUAGAGAGUAAAAACAGCGCAUGUCUUCCUGGAUCAGUAAAUUCUGACGUAGCCCGUGCAUCUUAAAAAUCCCUAUAAUAACGCCUAGGUAUUUAAGUUGCUAUGGUCAUUCUGAUCUCAAAGCAAAUGGAGACACUACGGAUUUUUUUCCUCAUGACGAUUGGAUGGGGUGAAGACCUUCGUGCCUGCUGAGAGCUGGGAAGCGAUCUAUCGAGAUCCAUAGAUAUGUUUAUAAAUAUGUCAGUGUGUGAGUAUAAAGUGGUGGUUUCUUAGACUAUCAGUGGUUUGACCUUGAACCGGCGUCAGUGAAAACAGCAUAUUACUUUUAUUUAUGCAUUUAAUGGAUUGAAGAAAAGAACCCUUUCCCCCCCCUCCUCACCUCUCUCUCUCUCUGCAACCGCAGUACAGGGAGGGGAGUUGGAUAUAUACCUCGCCAAUAUCUCCUGGGUUUGACACCAUCAUUAUUGUUUAUUCUUGUGCUCCGGAGCCCAGUCUCCCGAUGGCUCCCCUAGGCGAAGUUGGGAACUACUUCGGUGUGCAGGAUGCGGUACCGUUUGGGAAUGUGCCCGUGUUGCCGGCGGACAGCCCGGUUUUGUUAAGUGACCACCUGGGUCAGUCUGAAGCCGGGGGGCUCCCCCGGGGACCCGCAGUCACGGACUUGGAUCAUUUAAAAGGGAUUCUCAGGCGGAGGCAGCUGUACUGCAGAACUGGAUUUCACUUAGAAAUCUUCCCCAACGGUACUAUCCAGGGAACCCGGAAAGACCACAGCCGCUUCGGCAUUCUGGAAUUUAUCAGUAUAGCGGUGGGCCUGGUCAGCAUUCGCGGCGUCGACAGUGGACUCUACCUCGGAAUGAACGAGAAGGGGGAGCUGUAUGGAUCAGAGAAACUAAGCCAGGAGUGUGUGUUCAGAGAACAGUUUGAAGAGAACUGGUACAAUACGUACUCAUCCAAUCUCUAUAAGCACGUGGACACUGGGAGACGCUACUACGUCGCAUUAAACAAAGACGGAACUCCACGGGAAGGGACGAGGACUAAGCGGCAUCAAAAAUUUACACACUUUUUACCGAGACCAGUGGACCCGGACAAAGUUCCUGAACUCUAUAAGGAUAUUCUAAGCCAAAGUUGACAAAGACAAUUUCUUCACUUGAGCCCUUAAAAAAAAAAAAAAAAAAGAAAAAAAAGCAACCACUAUAAAGGUUUCACGCGGUGGGUUCUUAUUGAUUAGCUGUGUCAUCACAUCAGCUCCACUGUUGCCAAACUGUGUCGCAUGCAUAAUGUAUGAUGGGAGCUUGGAUGGAACAUGCUGAUUUCGUUCUGCACUUAAAGGCCGGUCCAUCUGGAGGAU